GCACCGACACAGGAGGAAUUUUUACCUCUCCGUGGGAAUUUCCCAGUUGCGUACCAGGACGGCACUUCUUGGUUUUUGUCGCUGUUAAUAGAGAGCAUACAUGGCGAUGGAGGACGAGGAUAAUAAUACAGCGGUCGUGGCGACUAACACCCAAACGGGCAUCAAGAAAGGAGAUAACGGGGCUUGCAUAGACAGGCAGCCGGACACGGUGGUCCACCGAGCGGGGCUGAAUCAGACUGCAGGUCGCGGCAGCCGCAGUGGUCCCGGAGCUCAUGCUACAACGGGGAUACGAGUGCUAAAGCGCAACAUGAAGCGAAAUGGGAGUCGUGGCUGCGUGACAAGAAAGACCAGAUUUGGAUCACGAGAGCGGGACUGGCUCAAGGGGGAUACCCAGCGGGGCUGUGUGUGUCUGUAUGGGGGAACGGUAGACCCCCAAUUACCUGCCUCUGGCCCCCAGGCUUCUUCCACCCCUCAGACAGACUUGCAGUUGGUGCUCUGCUCCACCAGCACCACAGUUGAAGAGUUGUGUGCCCAGAGGGAUGGACAGGGACUCUAUGUUCAGCUGCAUGGAGACCUAGUCAGGAGGCUGGACCCCACUGAACGACCUCUCCAUAUGGUAUAUGACUAUCUGGCAGCUAUGGGCUAUACAGACCCUGUACGAGUACAGCAAGAGGCAGCCAACUCAGACCUCAGCUGCUUGAUCCGCUUGUACAGUGAGCGUCCAGUGAACGCAGACCAGCAGGAGCGGACCCUGCUGACAGGCGUAUUCAGCGUCAGGAAGGGCAAGACACAGCUGCACAAGUGGGCUGAGCGGCAGGUCAUUCUAUGCGGCACCUGUCUAAUCGUGGCCUCUGUCAAAGAUAGCCUGACUGGGAAGAUGCACAUCCUGCCUCUGGUGGGGGGAAAGGUGGAGGAGGUGAAGCGCAGGCAACACUGUCUGAUGUUCAGCUCAGCCGGAUCACAGGCCCAGACAUACUUUGUCAACUUUGACACACUCGCGGACUACCAACGGUGGCAUCGGCAGGCAUCAAAAGUGGUGUCUCAGACAGUGAGCCUGGUGGACCUGUCAUGCUACAGUCUGGAAGCAGUGCCAGAAUAUCUGUUUUACAGCCAGGAUAUCACUCACCUCAACCUGCGACACAACUUCAUGAGCCUACAGGGGCCUGGAGGCCUGCUCAACCUCCCCAGGUUUUCGCAGCUGAAGAGCUUGAACUUGUCUCACAACCGUCUGGGUGUGUUCCCUGAAUGUGUGUGUGAGAUCCUCACCCUGACUGAACUCAACCUCUCCUGUAAUAGUCUCCACACUGUCCCCGUGCAGAUUGGCAAUCUUCAAAGCCUGCAGACGCUGUCUUUGGAUGGAAACCACCUCAGCUCCCUGCCUGAGGAGCUGGGUGGCCUGUCCCAGCUCAACAGUCUGGGGCUCUCCUUCAACAACUUCACUCACAUCCCUGCUGUGUUUGAGAGAUUGAGUGCAGUGGACAAGCUGGCCAUGGCUGGAAACAGAGUAGAGAGUCUGGAGUUGUGUACUUUGGCCAGAAUGAGCCACCUGAAAAACAUUGACCUCCGGCUGAAUGGGCUACGCUGUGUGAAGAGUGAGAGUCUAGAGGCAGUGAACCAGGUGACCCAGCUGGAUUUAAGGGACAACUGCUUGGACUCACUAGACCUGAGCUGUGUCUGCAACCUGGAGACUCUUCACUGCCAGCGCAACCAGCUGGGGACACUCACGCUCAGCGGUUUCACACUGCGCAUGUUUCAUGCCAGCAGCAACCGCCUUAUUACAGUCAACAUCUAUCCAGUCCCUAACCAGUUGACACACAUGGACUUAUCACAGAACCUUUUGGAGUACCUUCCGGACUGGGUGUGCGACUGCAGAAAGAUUGAGAUGCUAGACGUGACGCACAACCUCCUGUCUGAGCUUCCUUCCAGACUGUUCAACAGCUUGAGUUUGAGAAAGCUGCUGGCGGGGAACAAUCAUUUGCAGAGAGUGCCUGACCUACUUGACCAUGUCCCUCUGGAAGCCCUAGACCUCCAGCACAACAAGCUAGUCGAGCUCCCUGAGAGUCUCUUUUACAAGACCUUAAACCUGAAAUACUUAAACGUAUCAGCCAAUGCCUUGGAAAGUAUUCCUCCCAGCAGCCAAUCAGAGGAGAGCCUCAGCACACUGCAGGAGCUCUACCUGACGAGGAACAACCUAAACGAGAACUGUGGUGCUCUGUUGGUGGGACACCAGAGUCUGCGGGUGCUUCACAUCGCCUACAACCAGCUGCUCUCCUUCCCUGCCAGUAAGCUGAGUAAGAUAGAACUGCUGGAGGAGCUUAAUCUAAGUGGCAACAAGCUUAAGACUAUCCCCUCCACUGUGUCCAGCUGUAAGAGACUGCAUACCCUCAUAGCACACUCCAACCACAUUACUGUCUUCCCAGAGAUCCUCAACCUGCCCGAGAUCAAGCUCGUUGAUCUAAGCUGUAAUGAGCUGACUGAGAUCCAGCUGCCAGACUCGCUGCCUGCCACUCUGCAAGAGCUGGACCUGACAGGCAACAGCAGCCUGAUGCUGGAACACAAAACCCUUAACCUCUUCAGUCACAUUACCACCCUUAAAUUAGACCAGAAAUCCACAACGUCAGCAGGAGACUCCUUGAACACCUCCACUCCAUGGAACCAUGGUUACUCUGAAAUGAGCGGCCAAAGGAACAAGUUGUGUGUAUCUGUGCUGGCCUUAGACCGGUUUGGAGACAGUGUGGAAGCAUGUUACGGCAUCUUCGAUGGAGACCGCAAUGAGGAAGUGCCCCGGCUGCUCCAGUGUACCAUGGGAGAUGUGCUUUGUGAGGAAGUGCAGCACUCCAGUAUAGACAGUGUGUAUAUGAGUAACACUUUCAUAACAUCACAUAGGAAACUAGGUAUGGCUGGACAGAAACUGGGUGCCUCUGCCUUGCUGUGUUAUAUCCACCAUGAGCCCUCAGAGCCAGGAGGCUACCUGAGCCUCACUGUGGCCAACGUGGGUACCUGCCAGGCAGUGCUGUGCCGGGAUGGCCGACCUGUACCUCUCUCUAAGGUUUACAGCUUGGAGAACUGCACUGAGGAGAUGGAGAGAGUCAAACUUAGUAAAGCCAUUAUUACUGAGGAUAACAAAGUAAGCGGAGUGACAUGCUGCUCUCGCCUGCUGGGCUGCUCUUAUCUGUCUCCCUGGGUGCUUCCAAAGCCCUGGGUGCACACUGAGCCCCUCUGUUCCCAGGAUGAGUUCUUGAUCUUGGGGAAUCGAGCACUGUUUGAACGUGUCUCCUACCAGGAGGCAGUGUGCACUGUGCAGGCUGUGCGGGAUCCACGUGCUGCUGCCAAGAAGCUUUGCUCCCUCGCCCAGAGCUAUGGCUGCAAGGAUAACAUCGGGGCUGUUGUGGUGUCCCUGCACAUUAGUGAGGAUAGCUGUACCUGUGAGCCACCAGUCUCCACCACUGAACCACGGGGUCCUCCCCCAGCACCUUUUCCUGUGUCUGUAAUCCCAGGCUCCAAUGACACAGUCAUGCUGUCAUCCAGUAGUGGUAUUGUCUCUGAGUUUAACAGUGAGACAUCAGCGUCAGAGGUGGGAAGUGAGGCGGGUUCCACUGCCUCUGACGAGCAUCCAUCAUCGGGACCUGCCUCCCGUCCAGAGAGACGGUGUAGCCUGCAUCCUGCUAGUACACUGUGUGGUAUUAUGAUGCCAGGCUCAGCUGGGCCAGGAACCCACCCAGGCCUGUUCCAGCGGCAGCCCUCCUGUGCCACCUUCUCAAGCAAUCAGUCUGACAAUGGCUUGGACAGUGAUGAUGAAGCUCCUCUCGAGGGUGUGAUCUCCAAUGGCAGCAAGUUAGAAGUGGAGGUAGACAUUCACUGCUGUGCUUUCCAGCUACGGUCAGGAGCCCCUGAGAGCCCCAAAGACCUGGACUUUGAAAAGCGAGGCUCUGACUAUCCCAAUGGCAAAACACGCAGACAGAACACUGUGGUGGUGUCUGCAACAAACGGCUGCCUGCUGGCUGUUUGUGGGAGAGAGAUUGCUGACCUUAAGAAGUCACCUUCCACAUCUAGCCUGUUUGGGAAGAAGCUGUCCAAUGGCUCUGUGGUGGCCCCUGAGGAUAGUCAUAAUCUCAUUGAGGUGGCCCUGGAGGCUCCCAAGAAGAAAUCUGGCUACUUCACUGCCCCAGCACAGCAGGACCCAGAGGACCAGCUGAUUGUGCCUCCUUGUCUGGAGCAGGAAGUCAGGGAGCAGCUAAGAGGCCAUAGCCCUCUAGUCUCAGGCCCCUGCGCACCAUCCACACCCCCUUCCUUAAAAGACCCGGUGUGGGAUCAUCCACACCCUCCUGCCUUUGCCCCCAACCUGGUCCCAGGUCCAGGGCCAACUCCGAUCUUACAGCAAGAAGUCUACGAUACCGCCCUCUAGAAGGGUAACACAGCACAGUGCCACGUGGUUGCAACGUGGUUGCCACGUGGGAUAUUCCAAUUCAAGUUGCCACUCAGAUCUUUUGUGAAGACAAGACAAGCAUGUGGGACAUUGAUGCCAUUAAUGUGAGGUAAAAAAAGAGGUUAUGUGCAACCAUUUGGGUAUCCAAGAAAAGAAGGCAACCAAGAUCCCUGAUCAUGACAUAAUGUUGUUAAAAGGAAGGCUGACUAUCAAAGACCAAAACAAGCCUGACCUGAAAUGGGAUACCUCAUGUGUUUUAACAUGUCAGCAACAUUUCCCUUUACUUUGAAAGUCAAGAAAUCUAGAUGGUGUGUGCGGGAUCGUGUUCAGUGAGGUCAAAUCUCCUCUCCAGGGGCUUUGUGGUCUCUCAUGUCCUGGAGAGAAGCCCUGGGACUGAAACUUGAAAAAGUGCCUACUGCAGACAGCCUGGUGCUCCCGUACACCCUGUCUGUGUUUGAGGAUAGAGCUCAUUAUUUAAAUUUGGAGGACAGACAGCGUCUCCAAGAGACCAACACUGGCACAGCUACUGCUACCCUCCUCCUCCUGUGGCUUAUUAAAGGAAAAUCAAAUAUAAAUGCUAGUGACAUAGAACUAGAAAAUGUUAAGACAAAAUUAUUUACAUUGCCAGAAAACUCUUGGUUGGGUUUUAUUUUAUUAACAUUUCCCACAUAAUGUAUAGAAUCUCCUUUAUAUAAUAAAUGAAAGCAUAAUACACACUCACAACUAGCAGGUGUGCUUGAGCUUAUGACAUCAAGAUUGAAAAAUAUUGCUAUUUAGAUCAAUGCACUUUGAAUAGCUGUCAAAAAUAACAUCAAAGUCAUUAACUGUACAGAGCUGACAUGGUGUAGAAUUCAAAAAUCCACUAUAACACUAUAAUCUGUGACAGUGCAUGAUCAAACGAUCUCCUUACAAACUACAUAGGAAAACAAAAGUUUCAUUUCUAGUCAGUUUUAUGGUCACUGGAGUGUGGACUGGAGAUCUCAGGAUGUUUGGAUAUAAUUCAAUUGUAGUUAUCUGGACAAACCAGUCUGUCAAGGCACUAAAAGUGAAUUAAUACAUGGUAUUCUGUCAAGACAAGAAAGAUAGAUGCAGUAUUUUAUGUACUGUGUGUUAUGAAAUAUCUCCACUAGUACUUAGAUUGUACAAUUUAAUAUAUCCAAACUUUUGAGGCUGCUACCAUUCAUUUUAAUCCAUCCAUGCCCUUAAGGCAAAUUCAGUUUUUGAAACAAAAGUUAGGGGGCAGAGUCCGCAUUUUGACAAGUGAACAUGCUAUUUUAAUGAAUAGUAGUUUUCAGAAAAUUUGGGACAAAACAACAACGAUAUGAUAUAGCUGUCUUUCACUCACACAUAUUUCAUACAUUCAUGCCUUUUUCUGAUCAGGGGGAAAUACAUCUAUAGGAUUCAGCUCACUUUGUUUAUAGAGAAGUUAUUAUCAGUGCAGCAGCACUAUGAGGUACUGUAAUAAUAAUACACUGUAGCAGGAUAUGUCCAUCCUAUAACAGUGUGUCAUAUAUUUUUCCUCUAUUUGGUCCCAUGCAGUGCUUCAACAGUUGGUGCCAUCCAUUACCCAUCCGUUUUCUCUUGAAAUGUGGGGGACCAAUCAUUCACCAAAAAAACAUUAUUUGAAUUAUCAGGUAAAUAUUAUGCAGCCCUGAAAACCUCAGUUGACCCAUUCCUUAAUCUCCCCACCUUGUGCCAAAAGAGAAAGCAGCUCUGCUAGGACUGCUGUGGUUGUUAGAAGGCCAAAGUUGGGUAAUUGCUCAUGUCAGUGAUUACUAUAUUUGAUGUAUAUUUUUGUUUGCCACUCCAGAGUCAGAAGUGGUGCAGUUUUGGCAUUUCACAGCUGUUGCAUAGCUGGACCUUUCAGUGUUCCCUUGUAGCCUUAAAGCAUCAUCACUCACUAUUUUUGAAAGGAAGAACCAUUUGUUUAAUCCCACUUAUGCUCUGUUUGUGACUGAGGUCUUUAGCACUGAGGGGGUAGCUUAUUAAAACAGCCCCUCUGUCCUUACUUUGCCCCACAGGAAUGAGUGAAAAGUCAGUGAUGAAGCCUUAAUUGAUGUGUGAGUCUGAAUCUUCUCGUGUUAUUUGCAACUUUUGUUUAUUUGGAUUUAACACCAUUGAAGCACUUUGUACAUACAAAGUAAUUCUAUUCAGAAUUAUGUAUUUUUGAGUUUAAUAUAUGAGAUUUUGAUCAACAUCGUGUGUGCUUGGAUUAUUGUGGCUCCCCUCAGCUCAACAUAUCACCUCUUAUCUAAGAAUACAUAGCCAACAGAUGUGAUGAUAAUGUAAGUCACAUGACGACAUAACAUAACAUUUACUUUUUGGUGUUUAUAAUAUGACAAGCAGUUCUUAUUUAUGAGGGAGUUUUACUGUCACUUACUUCUGAAUUUGUCUCAAUUAAUAAUUCAAUUUUCAACAUCAACACCACAAACAGCAUAAUAUGCAUUCUUAAUUCCUAAUAACAGUAUCUGUUCAACAUUGUUCUUGCUAUAUAUAUUUAUAUAUAGUCUGAUGUACAAUGUUGUACAUACAGUAUAUUAUAUGCCCCCCUUCUGGCUGGAAAAGAGGUUGUCCUUUAAAAUAUAUAUAUAUAUAUAUAUAUAUAUAUAUAUAUGUAUAUCCAAUAUUGUUAUUUGUUUGAAACAUUGUACUAAUUGUAUACUGGUAUCCAAUAAUAAUGUCAUGUGAUAAAAAGUCCUUACUUUGCCUAUUUAAGAUUUAGACAAUAAUUUCAACUUAAGUAUUUGAUUUUUUUUCUCUCAAAUUAAGAACAGGCAAUCUAUGAUAAGGCUGAUAAAUUGUUUCCAGUCACAUUAUUGAUUUGACUGUGCAGUGUCUGAGAUAGAAAAGGGAAAGCUUCCCACAAUCAGAUGCCACAAGGUGUGUCAGUCAGACAUCCUGAUGGAUGCCAGUGAAACAUCAGUCAGCACUUUAUAUAAAAGUAUGUAAAUGCCACAGGAAGAGGUAGAGAAGCUAUAAGACAGAUUUUGAUUGUGAGGGAUGUGGUACAAAUCUGAAAGACGUUGGGAAAACUGUUUCUCUUCUACAAGUUAGGAGAGGAGAAAUUUACUUUUUACAAGUUUUCCUAAGAAAUUGUAUUCACAACCGAGGCUGGGGAAUUCCUUCAUUUAAAUAUGCAAAGUGUCAACUUUAUAUAUCUCUGUACAGUAUAUCAGAGCAUCAUUUUCCAACACCUAAAACUACAAGAAGCAUUUUUCUCAAUAUGUCUGAAAAUGAAUAUUGACUGAUGUAUGUAUGUAGGUGAGAUGUAUGUUAUUGAGAUUGUGUGCGCAAGUUGCAUCACUGUUUCGUUAUUUUGUGAGUGUCCUUUCCUUUGGCCCAUUUUAAGUGCCGCUUUAAAUAUUUGGUCCCAGUUUGCCAAGUCAGACUGCAUUGCACUGCAUGUAGUGCUCUUCAAAUCCACCUGGUUCGUUUUAUAUACGGUUAUACACACUGUACAUCCAUUCGGUCUGUGUCUUGGUCAACAGCAUAUAUUCACCCACUAUCCAGUCCACAUUUUCAACAUGAAAUAUGUUUGUAUAAUGAUCCGUGUAUCAGUAGACUAAUGAGUAUGCGUGUACAUAUGCCUUCUGUAUGUGUAGAUACAGAAAGUGGAAGCACAGGGUACAGUGGAGUACAAUGCAUUGGAUAAGAAUAUUCCCUUUAAUCAUUUUGUGGAUGGGGUCCAGUGGUGUCAUGCGCCAAAACAGAGGGUAUGUCCAUUUAAGUAGGCUACUGUGUCAGUGUUUUUUUAAGCUGCUGAUUCAUGUUUUAAGUGCAAGGGAUCCUUUCCUCUCGGCACAACUUAACAAGCUCCCUGUACAACUAUGUUGCCAAAUGUCUGUGUUUGUGUGUAUGUAAAAAUGAAGCUAAAGUGCACAUGUUCAGUAAGUGUAUGCAUGCCCUUGUGAGUAAUGGAUCGACUGUAAUCCUGCGUGAAUACGGUGAAUGAACCUGAUCAAAGAUUCUCCAGUUGUUUAACAUGUGACCAAAGUAGCCAUUUGUUUAAUCUCACGGUUCUUUUCUGUACAUUAUUUUCUAAAAGUGCUUGAAUUUUUUUUUUCUUGACACCAAGAAGCUGAUGUUUAUUUUUGUACUUGUCAUUGUUUCAUGCAAAUUUCUAUUUCCCUCUCCACUAUAGAAUUUAAAGUGAUUGGGAUUCUACAGAAAACUGUCACUCAAUAUGGUACUUUGUUUUAAGGUACACAUUAUAACUGUAUUUAAUGUUAAAAGCAUGCCCUAAAUAUAAAUCAAGAUAAAAGCUUAGGAAACACACAAAAUCUGAUUUAUUUGUACAAAAAUUGAGCAUAUCUAAGAUUUUUAGGUUUUUAUUUGAGCAUGCAGAUUGCUGCUAAAAUUUAGUUGUGUGUUUAAUAAUCAGAGAAGAGAGAUUAUUUAGGAAAAAGACUAACAAUGAGCACUUUUGCUGUUUGCCACACAGAAUUGUACUCCUGUGAACUUGGAAGAUGGACGUUAUUUUGUUUAAAAUGCUGCUAUCAUUAGUUUUGAGCAGAUGAGCUGUUUUUUAAAUUAACUUUAAGCCAAGUAGCAAUAAAACUUUUAACUGUGAAUUUCUGUCCAGUGUCCAUUUUGCUCACAAUUUAAUGAUAAUUUCAUUCUAAUGCAUAUCAGAAUAAUUUUUUUGUUCAGCAGAUAUCUUCAAUUUAUUUUGCAUUUCAUUUCAAAGUCCCAAAUGAUAAUGUAAUAAGAGGUUAUUUAUGUGUUUAUAUUAGUUUUCUUACAUUCAAUCAUCCCACAUAUACUGAUGUAGUACUCUCCAGCUACUGUAGACAUUUGUACAAACAAGCUCCAUUUGCUGGGGUCUUCAUUAAUUCCUGAACACAGUUGAUCUGCCAUCUAUUGGUGAAGCCAAGAAUGACAUCCUAAAGUCAAGUUAAAUGGUUUAAAAAAAUUAGGACGAAAGAAAAAAACAAAUUAAAAGACAAAACUACUAGUGUCAGUGAGACCUUUAGGGAGAAACAAAGUAUGUCUCUCGGCUUCUUUCAAAUAAAGUCUAAAAAACGGAAAGAUAUUGUACCUCUAAGGAGAGGAGCCAUCAUUAUCACUUAUUCCUUGGGGAAUACCGUAGAUGUUUUAGGCUUUUAUCAGUUUUAAAUGUGUAUUAUGACCAAUACGCUUCAGUGAUGUCAAAAGGAUUUAUGCCCAGCCCGAUUAGUGAGGAUCACUCUGUUGAUAUGAGGACACAAACAACGUAAAAACUGUUAUGUACUAGUCAGACAUAAUGCUCAGACGGCAUUUGACACUGUUAACUGGACAUUUUCCUAUCAAGUGCUGCUUACAUUUGGAUUAAAAGAAAUGUCGAAUCAAUCUAUCACAACUGCUGUUUGUUUCCAGAUCCAAAUGUCGGGAUUAAUUAUCAACAGACUGAGCUUCACCCUGACAGAGUCGAGAUCUGUGGAGGGUAUAUACAGUCAUGCAGGUGUGGACCACAAAUAAUUGAAACUUGAAAGAGAUCUUCGACUAUGAAACCCUUAAAGACUGUACCUGAAAAUGUCAUUCUUAAAGAUAUUGUUUGUGGCAAGUUUGAUGUUUUUCUCUGCUGCACAACUGUCUCUAGGGUUUUUUUUUCUGGCAAUGGAACACAUUUACUUCGAGAUCAGUACUGUCUGUACAACAAAGAGAACCAUAAAAUUUAAAAUAUAGCUGCUUGUACUGUUCUCAUUGUUCACUCUUUGCAAAGUUCUCUGAGUUUCACCCUCUAGUUGUUACUUAUGCACAG